AUGAACUUAGAACCUAGUACAUCUGAUGGUGAUAAUAAAGAUGGAUUUGUUUAUGCAGCCGAUGGUCUCAAGCUUGAUGGAUUGAUGAUUGAAAGGUUGAGCAGAAUUGGGAUAAGUCAAGGUAUUGUUGCACCAAUGGGCAAAACAUUUAUAAAAGGAUACAGCUGUCACUUCAAACUAAAAGCUGAUAACAUAUCCGCAGCUAUUUUGAACUCAAAAGUCGCACUCCACUUCAACAUUGGUCAUGAUUCAAAGUCAAAUGAUUUUCCCACAAUUUCGUCACAGAUUGGAUAUAUCAGAGUUUUUUUGCAACAACAUCAAAAUGAAACACCUAUUGCAAUCCAUACACAUAACAAAGCGAUUAUUGAGCAAAUAAUUCGUUUGAAGAAUGAGUUUCCUUCACAAACAUUCAUUAUAGUUGGUGGACAAGAAGCUUAUAUGAUAGCAGACCAAAUCUCCAGAGCAAAAAUUAGUAUCGUUUUAUCACCAUGGAGAUGUACAGCUAAAUUUUGGGAAAACAGACAUUGCUCACCAAAUAUGCCAUUAAGUGAAUCAUCUAUCGAAAUUUUAUACAAGGCUGGUGUUCAAUUUUCAAUCGCGUAUGAUGAAGCUACAAACCUCAGAAGAAUAUUUUGGGAGGUUGGGUCUGCCGCUAAAUCCAUUGAAUCAACCAAUUUUACAUUUGUGGAAACAGUUAAUUUAAUAACAAGUGUCGAAGAGAUAUUUGGCAUUGAACAAAACAAAAACCUGUUAAUUUUUGAACAUAAUCCAUUUGAAUUUGGUGCCAAUAUUGCGUUGAGUGUCGAAGACGGUAGAGUGGAGCGUUGUUACCCAAAUGUUGAGGAGAUUUUACAUGGCAAUUUAUUAUUUUAA